CUGGAAAUCUGUGGAUUCGAUAAUUUCUACCUGCGGCUCUGAGAUCUCCGGAAUCUGCUGGUGGUAUCUAUAAUCUCUCAGCUCAGGCCUCCCAAGAACCUUGGAGCCAGCAAUCCAUUGGAUCUUUUGCAACAGGAGGAGGCGAACGCUUGCGCCCGAGAUGGCAGCCACCCUGCUCAUGGCUGGGUCCCAGGCACCUGUGACAUUUGAAGAUAUGGCCAUGUACCUCACAAGGGAAGAAUGGAGACCUCUGGAUCCUACACAAAGGGACCUUUACAGGGACGUCAUGCAGGAGAAUUAUGGAAAUGUUGUCUCAUUGGAUUUUGAGAUCAGGAGUGAGAAUGAAGUGAACCCAAAGCAGGAGAUUCGUGAAGAUGUAGAGUUUGGGACCACGUCCGAAGGGCCUGUUGGGGAUGCUGAGAAAAACCCCGAAAGCGAAGAGACCUUCGAAAGUGGGGACAGGUCAGGAAGACAGUGGGGAGAUUUGACAGCAGAAGAGUGGGUAAGCUAUCCUCUCCAACAAGUCACCGAUCUUCUGGUCCACAAAGAAGUCCACACAGGCAUCCAGUAUCACAUAUGUUCUCAUUGCGGAAAGGCGUUCGGUCAGAUUUCAGACCUUAAUCGACAUCAGAAAACCCACACGGGAGACAGACCCUAUAAGUGUUACGAAUGUGGGAAGGGCUUCAGUCGUAGUUCCCACCUCAUUCAGCAUCAGAGAACACACACUGGGGAGCGGCCCUAUGACUGCAAUGAAUGUGGGAAAAGUUUUGGAAGGAGCUCUCAUCUCAUUCAGCAUCAGACAAUCCACACUGGUGAGAAGCCUCACAAAUGCAAUGAGUGUGGGAAAAGUUUCUGCCGACUCUCUCACCUCAUCCAGCACCAGAGGACCCACAGUGGGGAGAAACCAUACGAAUGUGAGGAAUGUGGGAAAAGCUUCAGCCGGAGCUCCCACCUGGCCCAGCACCAGAGGACACACACCGGAGAGAAGCCCUACGAGUGUAAUGAGUGUGGACGAGGCUUCAGUGAGAGGUCUGAUCUCAUCAAACACUACCGUGUGCACACAGGGGAAAGGCCCUACAAGUGUGAUGAGUGUGGGAAGAAUUUCAGUCAGAACUCCGACCUCGUGCGGCACCGCAGGGCCCACACAGGGGAAAAGCCAUACCACUGUAACGAAUGUGGGGAAAACUUCAGCCGCAUCUCACACUUGGUUCAGCACCAGAGGACACACACGGGAGAGAAGCCAUACGAAUGCACGGCUUGCGGGAAAAGCUUCAGCCGGAGUUCUCAUCUCAUCACACACCAGAAAAUUCACACUGGUGAGAAGCCCUAUGAGUGUAACGAGUGUUGGCGAAGCUUUGGGGAAAGGUCAGAUCUCAUUAAGCACCAGAGAACCCACACAGGAGAGAAACCAUAUGAGUGUGUGCAGUGUGGGAAAGGGUUUACACAGAGUUCCAACCUCAUCACACAUCAGAGAGUUCACACAGGGGAGAAGCCUUAUGAGUGUACUGAGUGUGAUAAGAGCUUCAGCCGGAGCUCAGCUCUUAUUAAACACAAGCGAGUCCAUACUGACUGAGCCCUAUAAUCAUGAGUAAGAAGCAAUUUGUUUGAUGGUACCAUUGUAUUUGAUAUCAGUGAGCUUCCUUAAGAAAGCUUUUACUUGCCUGACUUUCCUUGUUGUGGGCCACAAUUUAAAACAGGACUGAAGACAACCUCUUUGAAAUUCUGACCCACAGUUUUGGGGACAUUGUCCCUUCCUACAAAAUAGUGAUUUUUAGUCACUGAUUUCUUGAUGGCUUACUUCAAAAUCAGCCCCCACCUCCAAGGAACUUGACACCUAAGGACCAGAGGACAAAUGCUUGUGGACGCUUAGGCCUAGAGAUGGAGUAAAUCUUUAAAAAGUUUUUUUUUUCUCCUCCCAUCUUUGCCCCCCCUCCAAAAAAAAAAGACUCUGCAAGGGGAAACGUGAGACUGAAAUUGGGUAUCGCAGCUGCUUUGACAGAAGACAAGCAGACUUGCCUUGCAUUGCCGCUCCUGUUGGCACUGCAGCAGCUGGGCACACUUCCCUUCCAAAGGGCUUUCUCCUGGAGUAGCUCACAUUUGUACCCUCCCAUCUUCUUGCACAGAUUCCUGUCAUUGAAGGCAGCAACCACAUCGUUUCUCCUUGUUUCUAACUUAGGAAAGCUUGCAUGUUUUUGAAAGCUAACAGAAGAUACAAUAUGAAAGAACAAAGGAGAUGCAGGCUUGGGGACUUGAGCAAGAGAGAUACGCAUCCACACUGCUACAUAUCAGGUUCAUGUAUUUUCUUUGAAACUCACUUUAAGGAUCAUGGUAUGGAGAUUAUCUUUAGGAAAAGAUAGGACCAUUAAGUGGUGAUGGAACGAAAUAGGAAGUAGAGCUGACACUUUCAGGGAAGGGUGUACAGUGCCCUUCCCAAGGAAUAUAGGUCAUUUCUGUGUUCUUUCUUGUGUAGCCUUUAAGGUCACUUGUCCCUGUCCUGCUAACUCUAGGGUUUGACAGGGCUACAUCCCAGUCUUUAUCUUAGCUUGCAUAAAGGCAUGCUUAUGUACAGUGAAAUGUGUAUUCUAAUAGCAGAAACCGAACUCACAGGAAUCGGCAUGUUCUUGUGUGAUGUA